CGGAUCUUCGCUGCCGGUACCAUCAUAGAGGGGCCUCACCUGACAAGACUUCGCAAAUUGUUCCACAAACCUCCUCGAGUAGCAAAUUUACGAACUUGAAGAGCUGCCUAAAAUGGCAAGCUGACAUAAGCCUUAGUGCCAAAGCCACGAGUCGCGGACACCUUCUGCCACAUCUGCCAUCGACGCCACCCAAUUUCCUGCCGCCUACGACGUCAGCCACAGGUUUAGCCACAGCGAAACAACCACAUAUUGACGAGCGCAAUCCAGCUCCAAUAAAUUCUGAACACAAAAAUCAGGAUCAUCUAAGUCUGAACGGCUGAUCUAGUGCAAAGCAUCAUCCGUGAUGGUCCGACAAGCAAAACAGACACCGGAAGAGAAAAAAGAGUCUCAGAAGAGAAAGUCGACUCAGAAGAAAAAGGUGACAGAGACUGGGGUAUGGCCAUGCAAAAUCGAUGGUUGCAACAAGCAGUUUGCUCGGGAGGCCGAUCUUAAACGGCACCAACGGACUACCAAAUUACACUCCGUGCCAGGAUUUGCUUGUCCGCAAUGUGACGCUACAUUUACACGAACUGAUGCACUACGGAGGCAUCAGAAGUCGAGACACAAUGGUGUAAUCAUUGAACCUACGGAUGUCGAGAAGAAGAAAGAUAGCACCGAACCUCGGGCAUCAGGGUCGCAAUCUCACAGUCGAAGUCCAUCACCCUCAUCGAAAGGCAACGAGAAUCCAGCCGAUGGUGCUCCUCCCCCUCUCGGUGCCCUUGGCGGUCCUCAAGGACCACACAGUUAUUAUCGUCAACACACUAUGCCUGCAGGUGCAUAUAUGCCACCUCCCCUUGGAGUAAUCGUUGAAGGUCAAUAUCCCCCCAGCGUUGGACCCCCGACAUCGUCGGCUCGAUUACACCAGGCAACGUGGCCCCCAGGUGCUUGGAUUUCUGACGGGUCGCAACCACCGCCCAUGCCACCUAUGGGCUAUCCGCAUCCUUAUUAUUCAUAUUAUCGCGGAAUACCUCACCCACCGCCACCCUCUGACCUCAUGGCACAUCUCCAAAAUGGUGUCCAGCCACAUUCUCCCUCACCCUGUGACGAUUCAUCAAGUACUAGUAGUCCUACCAGGGCGAGUAUGCACAGUGGCGGCGACCCCUCAGCGUCGGGAGCAGGACAUUUCCAGGGCAAUGAAUCAAGAUCUCCCGUCAUCGACCCUUCACUAGAUAUCUCACCAGUGUCACCAACUUCAAACCACAAGGUAUCUUUUAAGGUCGCUCAAUCCCCCGUAGAAGUCGCCUUGAAAUCUACAGAAAGAGAGCCAUCGCGUGCACCGGAUAGCAUACACUCACCCAGCCAUCUGGACCCUCGAUCGGUAUCCCAUCAGUCUAGUUCGGCUUCUACUGGAGAAUCACCUGAACUAUUUUAUCCUACCCAUUCGCCACCUCAUACUCAUACUUUCGAGCGUCCACCUGAAAUGGAACACAUGCUCACUGAAGAUGGAGAGCCUAUGCUGAAUCCAGCCGAGCUGUUGACUCAGGAAUCCCUCGCAUCCCCUCCUCCUUCAUUAUAACAGUCAUACUAUAGAUUAUUGAUGAUAUUCCUCGCUGUUAUUCACAUGCAUUACCUUACUAUACUCACGCAUACAUAGCUCGCCUUUCGCGCAUAACAUUGAAGCUUUUUGUAACACUAGCCUUAAUCAUCAUCAUCGAAAUCAUA